CGCCCCCGCCCCCGCCCGUGCACCUCCACUCCUCGGCGCCCGCCCGCCCGCCCUCCGUCGCUGUCCACGCGGCUGGUCCGUCCGCUCCUGCGCCCGCCGGAGCCGCGGCGCCUGGCACUUCUGACUCGAGUCCCCGCCGCGCUUGUCGUCGCCCCCGCCGGGAUCCGCAGCCCCGCGCCAUGGAGCCGGCCGCGGGCAUCCAGCGCCGCAGCUCCCAGGGGCCCGCCGUCCCGCCGCCGCCCCGGGGCCACGCGCCCCCGGCCGCCGCCCCCGGCCCGGUCCCGCUGAGCUCCCCGGCCCGCGAGCAGCCUCAGCUGGAAGAGGAGCGGCAGGUGCGGAUCAGCGAGAGCGGCCAGUUCAGCGACGGGCUGGAGGACCGAGGCUUACUAGAAAGCAGCACCCGCCUGAAACCUCACGAAGCCCAGAACUACAGGAAGAAGGCAUUGUGGGUGUCCUGGUUCUCCAUCAUUGUCACCCUGGCCCUCGCGGUGGCUGCCUUUACUGUCUCCGUUAUGAGGUACAGCGCCUCUGCUUUUGGGUUUGCAUUUGAUGCCAUCCUGGACGUCCUGUCGUCGGCAAUUGUCCUGUGGCGUUAUAGCAACGCGGCCGCUGUGCACUCUGCCCAUAGGGAGUACAUAGCCUGUGUCAUCUUGGGGGUGAUAUUCCUUCUGUCAUCCAUAUGUAUAGUGGUCAAAGCCAUCCAUGACCUCUCAACGAGGCUGCUCCCGGAAGUGGACGAUUUCCUGUUCAGUGUCUCCAUUUUAAGUGGGAUUCUUUGCAGCAUCCUGGCCGUGUUGAAGUUCAUGCUGGGGAAGGUUCUGACCAGUAGAGCACUCAUCACAGAUGGGUUUAACUCCCUUGUGGGCGGCGUGAUGGGCUUCUCCAUUCUUCUGAGUGCCGAAGUGUUCAAGCAUGACUCGGCGGUCUGGUACCUGGACGGCAGCAUAGGCGUUCUGAUCGGCCUCACCAUAUUUGCCUAUGGGGUCAAACUCCUCAUCGACAUGGUGCCGAGGGUGAGGCAGACACGUCACUACGAGAUGUUUGAGUGAAGGGGGCCAGCGUCCGCAUGAGACCACCGAGAUGAGAAGUUUCCACAUAGGCAAAGGGUGCCAAUAUUUAACUGAACAUCUGGUUUCUUUUUGGAAGUUUUCUUUCACAUGGUUUGUCAUUACAAGACAAGGUCUGCCCAGCCAGGUGGGUCUACCUUGCCCCCAUCACCUGCCGCCCCCAUCAAACAUGUUAGGACAAUGCCCAUGGGGGGGACCUGCUUCCCCGUCUCCAGCUGGGACUGGCGUUUUCAAUUCUCUGGAGUAUGAUGGUUCUCACGGGUAGGAUGACAUCUUUGGCAGAGAGGUCUCCGGUGGUGCUCUGAGCCUGCGCUGCAUAGGACUGAGCAGACCCACCUCCUCCAGCUUGGGUGGCCCUGCCACUCCUGGUUCCAAGUAUCUCCUCUCCUGGCAGGUCUUAAGGGAAGAUUGUACCCCUCACCCUUUACAUACCCAGAAUCAUCAGUAUGUCACUUCCUAAUUUCUAUCAAUCAGUCAGUGUAUCUCAUUAGUUUCAUACUGUUUUACUAAUCUUAAAUCUAAACAGAUUUGCUCAAAAGGAGACCAUUCUAUUUUUUAAAGUACUUAGUGAUAUACGUAUAAGCUUUGCAUGGACGAAUUAAAUAAGCACAUGACCCUUUCUUGUACAUUCAGAACCUGAACAUCCACGUGAAAACUGGAUCCAUUUUUGAGAGAUGUGAAACAGUUUAUUUGUAAUAAAUAAUUAGAGUCUAUCCGUAUAUGCAUAUCUCUAUAUGCUGUGUUAAGUGGUAAUGGCACAUUACAGUCUGUGGAGAUGGUUCGCUCCCUCUGUAAGGAACAAGACGUUCUCAGCGGAUGUCGCGGUAGGUUUAGAUUCUGUAGUGUUCCCCAACCUGCACCGUCUGUACCUCUCACACCACUGCUUGCCCAGGCAGUAGUGGCCGACCAAUAAACACCUUUACCUGUUUUGUAUGGCA